AUGCAAGAUCUGAAUAAUUCACCGCUUUUACAAAUCGAUUUUCGUCAGGACAUAUGUUCGAUUCCCGGUGUGUCGCCGAUUUCCAUCCUUCAUCACACAUCACCAUACCAUUCACACCACAAAGAAGUUGAUGUGGCGCCCGAAUACCUAAACAUCUCAUUCACCGAGUAUCUCACCGACCCCAGCGACCGCUAUCUUGAAAAUUACAACUUUGUUUCUCCUCACGAAGCCAUCUGCCCUUCUCCUGAGAGUGACAGCUACAGCAUGUUUAACAUGGAUGACAGCAAGAUAAAAAUGGAAUAUCCCGAACAACUUGAUCAAUCGUGUCCGAUUUACAUGACUCGAAAUAUUUCUCAAGAGAGUUGUCCCGAGCUCUCCGUCUGCAACCCGUCGAGCAUCUCGACGUCACCACUCACACCUAUCGACUCACCCAUCAUCGAGAUAUUGAUGAACAAUGAUGUGAAUGAUCAAUGCAACCGAGGUCGAAGUCGAGGUAGAAUGACAUCUUCACCACUGCCAGAAAUGAUCCAGGAUCCUCAAGAGUUUCACCACUCAAUCAUGGGAUCAAUGCCACCUCAUCCUCCUCAGCAAAAGCCCAUCGCAAAAUCCAGAGGACGACGUGUGACGAAUAAGCCCACGAAACCUGGAACAAAAUCCUUUGAGUGCAGCUACCCCGAGUGUGGAAGAGUUUUUAAGAGAUCUGAACAUCUUAAACGUCACAUCCGCUCAAUACACACUCUUGAACGGCCGUUCCACUGCCCUCACCCACAUUGCACAAAGAGGUUUAGCAGGUCUGAUAAUCUCAGCCAACAUGUAAGGGUACACAGACCAAACGGCAAGGAAAAGAACGCCACCGCAAGAGCAUUCAGCAAUUUCACACCUUACCUGCAGACGUAUCAAACAGGUGGCAAUGUUCAUCCAACAUUACCACCAAAUUGA